ACACUCUCUCCGGUUUUAACACUGUUGCUGCCUCAGGAUUGAAAAGUCGGCAUCAGUUUUAAUAUGUUCCGAGCAAAGUGCCCAAAGUGGCUUUUAUUUAUUGUGUCACUGUUGAUGGUGAGCUGUCACGGCGCCCAACACUCCGCUAAACAAGGUGCCCAUGGUCAUGAUCGUGCCGCGCUGGGCAAAGUGGAAACAUUUGGUUUCACCUUUAAUUCAACGAACAUGACUCAUUUUGUUUAUGGGAUUGCUGCAAAUGCAGUUGCUGUCUUGUUGUAUGGGAGCAACUUUGUUCCCAUCAAAAGGAUAGAAACAGGCGAUGGGAUGUUUUUUCAGUGGGUAAACUGUGCAGCCAUAUGGGUCGUGUCUAUGCUCGGAGACUUGAUGCUGCAGUCGCCCAAAUUCCACCCUUUUGCGAUGCUUGGCGGUGCGAUUUGGGCCACAGGAAAUUUAGCAGUUGUUCCAAUUGUGAAAGCGAUUGGUCUUGGUCUUGGAACCUUAUUUUGGGGAUCCUCCAGUUUGUUGGUGGGUUGGGCCACUGCGAGGUUUGGGUGGUUUGGGAUUGAUGCUGAGGACGUUCCCAGGCCAAUACUGAAUUACUGCGGAGCUGGACUGUGUCUGCUGAGUGGGCUGAUCUUUUUCUUUGUGAAGGCAGAUGUGGAGUUGCAUCCCGAUUCCGAAUCACUUCCACUACUUAUUGACAGGAGGACAAAUUCAAGCAGUUUUGGACCAAGUUCCUCGGAGUUCUGGAUAGAUGUCAUAGGACCAAAGACCAGGCGGUUCAUAGGCUGCAUGCUGGCCAUCACGUCAGGUCUGCUGUUUGGCGCCUCAUUUGUACCACUCUUCUACAUCAAGACACAUUCAUCAUGUGAGGAUAGCAUUUUCCAUGGAGCCAGUGUCUAUGACCUCGACUAUGUUUACGCACAUUGCUCUGGCAUUUUUCUUGCGAGCACGUUGUACUUUGCCAUCUACUGUGCUGCGAUGAACAACAGACCCAGGGUUUACUCCAGAGCCAUCUUACCAGGUCUGUUGUCUGGGCUGAUGUGGGCAUUGGCUACAUACUGCUGGUUCCUGGCUAAUAACUACUUGAGUGCAGUCAUCACCUUUCCAAUCACCUCUGCAGGAUACAGUCUGGUUGCAGCAAUGUGGGGAUCACUGAUUUUUAAGGAGAUUAAGGGUUUGGCCAACUGCUUUAUCUUUUUUUUGGCCACCUGUGUGGUCCUCGCUGGCUCCUUGCUCACCGCCGUCUCAAAGCUCUAACGCGGCGGAUUGUUGUCUUCCUUCAGCUCCUUGACUGGUUCAGAAAAUGUCCUUGGGUUUUCUUUUAUAUAAAACUCUUUGAAUUAAAUCAGAUUAAACCCAAAUACACGAUAGCAGGGUUCAGUGCAAGGCUCUUUGAUUUGCCAAAUGUCAUUUUGAAUUAACGGGGAUUAUAAUCUGAGCCGACAUCGGGUGGCAGACUCUGACAAGAGCCCCCUCUUCAUGCUGUUUGGUUGGAAGAGAGGAAGUUUGUUCUAUGUUGUUGCUGAAAAUGUUCUUUGUUCACAGAAUAUCCACACGUUUAUCACUUUAGCAGUUUUUUUUCAAAGGGGCUGUAAGGCACAUUUUCAUUCAUACAAUAAACAUGUGGUGGUUUUGUCA